AUGGUUUCUGGUCGAUUGGUGAAGUUUGUCGAUGAUAUUGAGCAUUAUUUCCAGAAUCUUGUUUUUUAUGUUACAUCUAUAAUUCUCUUUGAAAUUUCAAGAAAACGCUUCCCUCUAAAUCGCCGAAAAAGACUGCAUCUGCAUAUACCGAUAGCAUCUUCAAACCCUCCGUCUGCUCGUCAGCUCACCAAGUCCCUUGAAUUGAAAAUCGGAUUUCGAAUCGAUUCGCCAUUUUCCGUGGCAGACGACUCAGGCUCCCACCAGAUCUCUUUAUUUUCGCCACCUCUCGGUUUCGGACUUCUGAAAAUGCAGGCGUUCACCACCGGGAAACCACCGCAAGGUGUUCGUGAAAAUGACUCUGAGAAAUCCUUCACCCUCUCCUACCUCGUCAGCUCAUGCGGGUUGGCCCCAGACGCCGCCGCCCGCGCCUCCAGUAAAGUCCAGCUGAAAUCGCCUGAAAACCCAGACGCGGUCUUGAAUCUCCUCAGAGAGUACGGAUUCACGGCUGCCGACAUAUCUAUGGUGGUCUCCCGGUGGCCGACCAUUCUUUCUGCCUGCCCAGACAAAACCCUUUUGCCCAAGCUCGAAUUUUUCACCUCCGUUGGCGUCCCCCUCCCCAUCCUUGGCAGCAGGCUGUCCCGGAACCCUACCAUCUUAUGGCGCAGCCUUGAGAAGUCAAUAAUUCCCUCAUACGAUUUUCUGAAAAACCUGUUCGGGUCGGAUGAGGGUGCCGUUCAAGUCUUUAAACGGAAUCCCCAGUUCUUCUGCUGGGGCCAGGGCCGGGUGGACGACCUCUCAUCCAACUUCUCGUUUCUUUUGGAGUGCGGUGUCCCUCGGCCAUCUCUCGUGCCACUGGUCACGUCCUACCCAACAAUAUUCGUGGCUCCUCAGGAGAAGUUAUCCUCGUGCGUGGGUCGAGCAAUAGAAAUGGGGUUUGAUGUUUUGGUGGGUUUCAAUGAGUCGACCCUUAAGCGCAAGAUGGAGGUUUAUAGAAAGUGCGGCUGGUCGGAAUCCGACAUCAGGACCGCCUUUCUGUGUCAGCCGCUCUGUAUGGCCUUGUCCGAAAAGAAGAUUUUGGAGAGUAUGGGUUUUCUCGUUGAUAAAUUAGGGUGGGCACCAGGUGAAGUGGCUCGGUGCUCUUUGCUUCUUGGGUACAGUGUCGAAAAGAGAAUGAAGCCGAGGUGGGCAGUUGCUACGGUUUUGAGUGAGACGGGGCUGAAGAAUGCAGCUGUCACGUCCUUGCUCACAUUGUCCGAGAAGAAUUUCUUGAAGAACUAUGUCGAGAAGUACGAGAAGGAUGUUCCUGAACUUUUAGACAUAUAUCGAGAAAUUUCAAGAAAACGCUUCCCUCUAAAUCGCCGAAAAAGACUGCAUCUGCAUAUACCGAUACGCAUCUUCAAACCCUCCGUCUGCUCACCAAGUCCGUUGAAUUCAAAAUCGGAUUUCGAAUCGAUGUUCGCCAUUUUCCGUGGCAGACGACUCAGGCUCCCACCGGAUCUCUUUAUUUUCGCCACCUCUCGGUUUCGGACUUCUGAAAAUGCAGUCAGGGCGUUCACCACCGGGAAACCACAGCAAGGUGUUCACGAAAAUGACUCUGAGAAAUCCUUCACCUUGUCCUACCUCGUCAGCUCAUGCGGGUUAGCCCCAGAUGCCGCCGUCCGCGCCUCCAGUAAACUCCAGCUGAAAUCGCCCGAAAUCCCAGACGCGGUCUUAAAUCUCCUCAGAGAGUACGGAUUCGCGGCCGCCGACAUAUCUAUGGUGGUCUCCCGGUGGCCAAACAUUCUUUCUGCCUGCCCGGACAAAACCCUUUUGCCCAAGCUCGAAUUUUUCACCUCCGUUGGCGUCCCCCUCCCCAUCCUGGCCGGCAUUCUGUCCCGGAACCCUUCCAUCUUAGGGCGCAGCCUUGAGAAAUCAAUCAUCCCCUCAUAUGAAUUCCUGAAAAACCUGCUCGGUUCGGAUGAGGGGGCCGUUCAAGUCUUCAAACGGGCUCCCCAGUUCUUCUGCUGGGGCCGGGGCGGGGUCGACGACCUCUCGUCCAACCUCUCGUUUCUUUUGGAGUGCGGUGUCCCUCGGCCAUCUCUCGUGCCACUGCUCACGUACCAGCCAACAAUAUUCAUGGCUCCUCAGGAGAAGUUAUCCUCGUGCGUGGGUCGAGCAAUAGAAAUGGGGUUUGAUGUGUCCAAUAAUGCAUUUUUGAAGGCCAUUCAGGUUUUGAUGGGUUUGAAUGAGUCGACCCUUAAGCGCAAGAUGGAGGUUUAUAGAAAGUGCGGCUGGUCGGAAUCCGACAUCAGGACCGCCUUUCUGAGUCAGCCGUUCUGUAUGGCCUUGUCCGAGAAGAAGAUUUUGGAGAAUAUGGGUUUUCUGGUUGAUAAAUUAGGGUGUGCACCAGGUGAUGUGGCCCGUUGCUCUUGGAUUAUUGGGUACAGCCUCGAAAGGAGAAUGAAGCCGAGGUGGGCAGUUGCUGAGGUUUUGAAUGAAAAGGGGCUGAAGAAUGUGGCUAUCACGACCCUGCUGACAAUGUCCGAGAAGAUUUUCUUGAAGAACUAUAUCGAGAAGUACAAGAAGGAUGUUCCCGAACUUUUGGACAUUUAUCGAGGUAACAAAAUCCUGGCUUGCACCUCUUGA